AUGAAGUCUUCGGGUAUGGGAAGGCAGUUUGAACUACUGUAUUCCCUGCUAGAGGAUGGAAAGCAUCAAGUAAUCUUCCAGAAUCUUCGGCAUCUUGAAAUCGACAGGUCCGAAUGCAUCGACUUCAGCAUGUGUGAUCCAGAGCCAAUCUUUCUUCUGCGUCGUGCACCCCGUCUUCAGACAGUGAUCUUCCGAAGUCUUGUCGUGUUGGCCGAGACGCAGUACAACGACGCAGCCAUACAAGACUUCUGUGCUGCCGUGGCGAAUCUCACGGAGCUCCAGAUCGAGGGUCUAGGGUCGUUCUUUCCAGGGAUCCCAGCUACAGAGUUACUCGAGUUCCUCAGCCCACGAACAAAGAAGAUAUUGCAGCACCUCAGGCUGGAUUUGGACAGGGUACUUGGUAGACCUACCUCUGAGCAGAGGCCCAUCACUCCCCAGCAGAUCAAGCAGUUUACCAGUCUACGUACUCUCGAGCUCGAUCCCUCGUGCUACUGCACCCGUCGUAUCAGAGACGGCGUUGACAUUCAGGAAUUUAUGCCUUUUGAUAUGACCUCUCAACCACAAGGCUCAACUCCAACUAUCGCAUCUGUCUUUGAGCUCGAAACACACCUAGUGGAGUUCCUGCCGCAGACAGUUGAGACCCUGACCAUCGUGUGUGAGGCGCGUGAUGUGAGCCAUCGGUACAUCUUUACCACCUUCUUUGACAGAAUGGCGUUAUAUGGGCUUGCGUAUGAUACUACCUUGCUAGCCAACGAGUUGUUUCUGGCGAGUUUCCGAACUUGA